AUGGCGGGAACCGAGAUUUAUGGCCACGUCCAGGGCAUCCCAGAACAAGCCUCUGAAAGCUUGCAUCGCUUUUACAUGUCGCAACAUGUUGAGCCAACCUCUGUGGCCAUCACGCAGCGUAUCCUGCACGCAUUUGUCGAGCUGUACUUUGAGUACUUUAACCCCCAGUUUCCCUUCCUGCAUCCAUCCCGUUUAGAAGAUCCUGAGCUGCCCUGGAUUCUGCUGCUCGCCACGGCGGCGGUCGGCAGUCAGUACUCGGAGAUUCAAGGCGCGGAACAGUACAGCGUGGCUCUUUGUGAUUUGCUUGCCCGAGCUGUAGAAUCCACAGUGGAUGCAGAGAACAUAGUGACAGCACAGAGUGUCUUUCUGCUUCAUAUCCUGUGGAUGUUCUCCGGUUCGCAUCAAGACAAAAUCAUAUUACAGCGCAAGAGAAGCAUCCUCGUCACUCUCUGUUGGGCAUUACUUGGCAAAGCAGACAAGCGCACGAACUCAAUGCCAGUAGAGCCAGGCCCUGAGAAGGAAUGGCAGGACUGGCUCUCUGCAGAGAGCCGGAUACGCCUUGUCACCUGUUGCUUGAAUGUCUGGGAUCUAUUUUCCUUGGUACCCCACUCUUCUUUUGCCUCCGCGACUUUACACGACAACUCCCGUGUUCGGAAGCUUUGUGGCAGUGUCGAAAUGCGCGAGACUGGAAGACACAUCAAAGGACUCUGCCUGGUAGAGCACCAGGCCGACCAAAGACGUGGGCAUUCAGAUCAGGAAUGGGCUAGACUAAUGCUGGAGUGUCAGCCGUUUGCCUCAAAGGUCAUCCUGCUCGAGUUGUUUAUUGACGAGAGAAGUAUUGCUCGUCAAUUAUGUUCUUCACAGCUCCUGCGAUCAUCAUUUACCUCGCACCUAAGCACUCUUGGGCAGGGUAGCGUGCACGCAGAAGUCAACCCCGCUAUGCUCGGGCUAGAUAUUAGCAAAAGCGAAAGCAAUUAUCUUGAUACCGCAAUCAGCCUGUUGGCGGAUGUUAUACCUGACGGUUGUGCGACCAUUUUUCAUGUUCUCGCUAUCCUGAGACGCGUACCGCUGGAGACAUUACAUUCGGCAACUGGGUGGCAGACGGAUGAGGAGCAGAUGUUGGAAUCGAAAACGAGGCUGAAAGACUUCUUCCUUCAAAGCGGUGCUAGAGCUCGCGAAUGCCUAUGGCACGCCGCCUACAUCUUCAAAACAACCCGCAACUGCCGCAGGUUUGCGUGCUACGAUGCAUUGAGCCUGAUGGUGGCAAUUUGUUACAUAUAUUGCUACAGUGAGCUGUGCAUGGCGGUCACUCAAUCGUCAGCUCAGAUGCUUCCAGCUUCAGAUGGGGCUCCUCGAGGACAGGCGCGGCCAUCGGUCGUGCGCCUCGAUCAACUUCAUGAGAAGUCAGCUAUAGAGCGGUGGAUUGAGAGCGGUGCCGACAGCAUCGUCCACCUGACGGGAGUCGGGCUCCUCGACGGCUCCGACCAAUGCGUCCGUUUUCUCCGCGAUGUUGAGAAGACACUAUCAUCUCAGAUUGCCUGGCGCGGGUUUUCCCUCGCCCUUGCUGGCAGCUUCGCCCAGCUCCGACGCGGGGAAAUGCCCACCAGGAAAGACUCGAAUGAGGACUAG